AUGUCUUUAGAAUUAUCCAAAAGCGCCGCCGAAGCGCCUCAACAACCAUCGCCAAAGACAAUCAUGUUUAAUACUUGCAAGAAUGAAUAUGGAACUCCGAAGAAUAAUUUGCAAAAGUUGUAUAAAAAGAUAAGGAUGGAAUAUAAAACUCUAAUUAAUGAGGAAGAAAUCACGCAAGAAAAACUAAAACAAGCCAAUCUAGUAAUAUUUUGUGGCCCCCGAUUAAAGUUUACCGAACAAGAGUUUUCCACUAUCGAACAAUACAUAAAAGAAGGAGGAAGCGUUCUUUUUCAACUCGGGGAGGGAGGAGAACCAAGAUUUGAAACGAAUAUCAACUACCUCCUUGAACAGUGGGGAAUAUUCAUCAACUCGGACACUGUAAUAAGAACAUCAUUCUUUAAAUAUUAUCAUCCAAAAGAAGUUUGUGUUCAAAAGGGAAUUCUAAAUCGAAGCAUAAAUAAGGAGGCAGGAAAGACGUUAGACGCUGCUCAAGACGCGUCAGAUCCUUCAUCACACUUAACGUUUGUAUAUCCAUAUGGAGCUACCUUGAAUGUGGAGAGCCCAGCAACAGCAAUUUUAUCUUCAGGUCAUGUCUCGUACCCUGUUAAUAGGCCUGUUGGCGCUUUUUACUCUUCCAAGAAUGACAAGGGAAAAGUGGCAGUUCUUGGUAGCGUACAUAUGUUUGAUGACAAGUGGUUGGAUAAGGAAGAAAACUCAAGCUUGUUAGAUGUCAUAUUCAAAUGGCUUCUUUAUGGCUUUGAUCUAAAUCAAAUAGACUCAACCUCCCCAGAGGUGAAUGAUUAUCAAUUUCUACCAGACUCUAAAUCUAUUUCAGAGAAGGUUAAAUCGUGUCUACAGGAAAGUGAAGAGCUACCAAUUGAUUUCAACGAAUUAUUUGUUGAUAAGAUGUUCAAAUUUGAUACAGAUCUUGUUCCUGAUGCUAUUAAUUUAUAUGCUCAAUUAGGAGUGAAACAUACUCCUCUUACAUUUAUUCCACCAGCCUUUGAAACACCUUUACCAAGUUUAAAACCUGCUGUUUAUCCUCCUUCAUUGCGAGAGUUUGCUCCUCCUGAAAUUGAUUUGUUUGAUUUGGAUGAACAAUUUGCUUCUGAGGAUGUUAGACUGGCACAGUUAACAAAUCGAUGCACGGAUGAAGAUGCAGAGUACUUUAUUCAAAAAGCAGGUGAAAUUGUUGGAGUGACAAAACUGCUCAAGUCUGAAUAUCAUUUCAGUGCUAAACACAUUCUGGAAUUGAUGUUUAGACAAAUUGUUCAAUUCAAAAAAGUUAAUCCAAGCAGUGAAGAUAUUUUACCUUCUCAUUUGCGAUCAAACAAGAUUGCCUUACCCAAGUUGGCCGCCGUUAAACAGAGCUUUGAUCAUGCAGCGAACCAUCCCGUCACCAACCCUCCUACGCCCAUUUCGUCACCUCUACAAGGCGGUUCUUACGAACCCUAUGACAAUUAA